AUGUUUAYGAAUGAAUUAUGUUUGCAUGAUGUCCUGGUUUGCAGUAGCAUUAAGACACUCUCAUUUCUAYGUCACAGACGUUACCCCACUGUCGAAGUGCGAGCAAAGGCCUUCAAUGGAUCUACGCACGUGGCUGUGCCGGAGGAUGAGGCUUUCCUUAAAGCCUUGCUUUUCGAACUGCGCAUCACGGACCAGCACUUCGUGGAGUACCGAGACACCUGCACUCGCCUUGACACCUCGCCCGUGUAUUCGGUGCGCACCGAAGCGGGGGAUCUCUGGCCCGUGGUGGCUUUUCAGAAGAGUGAUCUGAUCUACGCGUGUCUUGCACUGGUCGAGGAGCCCUUGAAGCCCCAGCCACCCAUCUUCAGCAUUAGUGGGAUCCCACAAGGACUUGAUCUUUUGAUAGGCAUUCAGGACUACAUCUCUCCCAGUCGGAAGAAUGAAGCCGAGUUGAGCGCCAAAAUAGGCCAGCUCCGGAAUUUGCUUCUGCAGGCCUGUCCCCUUGGCACCCCCUUACAGACAAACAUCCGCAGCUUGAACAGCUCAUUUGAUGACAUUCAGGACUUCUCUACRCACAGUGACCCGAAGCAGCCAGCUUGGAGAACCAACACGUAUAAAGGCAAACCACACAUUAAUGUUUCCAUCUCAGAAAAAGUCAAGUGCAUGCAGUACGACCAAAAAGAUAUCAUGGAUGUGUGGCAGGUGUAUGGAACUGUAACAUGCAAGUGUGAUAUAGAGGGAGCUGCACCAAAUGUCACACUCAGUUUGAAUCUCCCUACUAAUGGCUCUCCCCUCCAAGAUAUCGUGGUCCAUCAUUGUGUGACUUCCGUUGACCCUGCCAUGUUCAUGUCGACCAGCAUCGACACGUCGGAUGAUUCUGCCUUUAGUGGACCAUAUAAAUUCCCUAUCAUUCCUCCAUCAGAUUCGUUCGACUUGUGUUCCUACACUUCCCAGGUGCCCGUUCCACCAAUUUUGGGACGUUAUCAGCUGAACGAAGAGGGAUCGCAGUUAAAAWUAUCAGUUAAUUUAAAGCUUCAUGAAAGUAUAAAGAAUGCUUUUGAGUACUGUGAAGCUCGUAUGCCUUUUCCUAACAGGGGCCCAAUCACUCAUUUGGAAUAUAAAGUUAGUUAUGGCCAACUGGAUCUGUCACGAGAGAAGAGCUUACUGGUCUGGGUCAUAGGACAAAAGUUCCCUAAGUCUUUGGAAGUUUCUUUUACUGGAACUGUGGCUUUUGGCCCUAAAACUGAAGAGAACACGACUGAUAUCAUUUGCACUGGGAACACGGCUUAUGUAAAACUGUAUUUUAGGAUUCCCGACUUCACACUUACUGGAUGUUAUGUAGACCAGCAUUCUGUUCAGCUCUUUACACCAGGCAAACCAAAAAUCAAUUCAUCCCGGGAGCUGACUUCCUGUGAUUACUACAUCUGGAAUUCCAAAGCAUCGGCACCUAUCAUGUACAAAACCAUAUUUACUAAUGAAUGAUUUAUUUAUU